AUGGAGGAGAGCGUCUUCCUCAGCGACUUCUUCGGCUGCGUUGGUUUUCUUCCGCUUACCACCCAGAGUCACAUUCGCGAGACGAUGGUGGAGAUGAUGACAGCUCCGGCCCCUCUCCAGCAGCCAGCCAUUGCGGGCAUCUGGGACGAGGAAACGCGUUUCAGUGAAAUCGAACGAAGGGCGAACUGCAGGAAGGCCUCGGAUGUGAACCAGCUUCCGAUGAAUCCGCAGUCUUGCACUUUCUGGUGUGCAAUUGCUCUAGGAGCAGUGGCGAAGGGCAAUCCCGUCGAAUCGGUGGAGAAGUACUCUCAGCUGGCCCAAGAAGCGCUGCCAAAGAGCGUCUCGGGUCCCGCGGACGCUGAGGUCGCAAAGGCGUGGGCAAUGCUGGCCUACCUGUGCGGCUUUAUGGGGGACUUGGCAAGGUAUCAAGAGUACCUGGCUGUGUCGGAGUCUUUUUUCAGGAGUUCUGUCGAGCACGGGUCCACCGGUACGCUUCCAUUGGGAUUCGCGGAGGUUGUCAAGUUUACAGAGGUAUCUGAUUCUUGCUGCGGGCAGCGGCAGAUAAAUUGGUCUAGCGGCGAAGAGCAAGCGAUGCCGCAGUUGAAUGAAGCUGCCACCGAGGGCGAGAUAUAUCGGUAUGUCGCUCAAUCGUUAAAAGCUUUCGAGCAGGGCACCCACGCAAUAGCGAAUGAGCAGAGAGUGAAGGCGGGCGAGACCCCAUGCGAGGACGAGCGUGAUGGACGAUCUAAUGGAGCCCGCCCAUCCCGACGUGCCCUUCUGCCAACGGAGAUUUCAAACGCUAUGAGUACUUUGAUGGGAAGUGGGGGCUGUACCGAAUUCGGGCCGCUUCAAGGAGUGAUGGAUGGGAACCUUGUGUUUGAAAAGGCAGCAACGCUCGAUCUCGAUGCCACCCUGGAGAGAGUUGGCCGCUGCAUUGAGGUUUUUGAACGGUAUCCUGGCUUGUGCCGCGGCACCAUGGGGUACCACAAGGCACAUAUGGUGCUGGUCUGGCUCGCAGCGAUUGAUGACUCCAGAGCUCGAGCGAUGUACAACAGGUUGCGCGGUUCAUACAAUCCAUUUCGCCGUGCUGGCUCGCGGCCCGUACCCCUAUUGGAGGAGUGGCACGGAGUGGCUACUUUUUGCGACGAUGUCUAUUGCAGGGCUAUCGAGAACAUCAUUACUAGCGAGCCAUUUACCGCCUUGGCGGCGCCAUCCAUAGACGGCAUCGACGUUUGCGAUGGCGCGAAGGGCACGGACAACUGCAAAGGCGAGGCGGCUCUAGUCGGUAGCUGGCAGGCCCAAGGUGAAAAGCUGUCCGCCUGUAACAUUCCUCCGACGAUCACCGACACAGCCUCCGAUCGACCAACUGAGAGCGGGGCUGAGUGCGGUUCGGGUUUGAGCGUGGUGUCGAAGUCACCAAUUGCUACACCAGUAUCAUCACAAAACGCAUGCACUCAGUCGAACGCGGGACUGAUCUCCAACGGCGUGGAAAACGGCACCACCAUCGUGGCCGUGGCUCCCGAGUCCUUCCCGAGGUUUUCACAAGUAUGGGAAGGCGGUGAUUUGACGAACGAUACGGAGGGUGAUGGCGCUGCUGCCGAGGAUUGGUUAGAUGUGACCUAUGCCAUGUUACGUGCACUCUGAAUAAUGUGGUGAGAGUGCCCUCGGGAAACACAAUUUGGUAGGCACACUCUGGGCUGGCAAGCCAGAGGUCCUCGUUGGGAGACCAGAGGGGUGCUUUCCUCUCUCGGUUGUGCGGUCCGAGUAUGGCCUUGCGUCGCAACGAUCCAUCUUGGCAAAACCUUUGUAGUAGAAAGAGCUGUCACAACAGCCGCACGGUUCAGUGGUUCGCUUCUCAAUGUCUGUGGGGUCGGCGAAGGUUGUCAUGUACAAUAUUACGCCGAGCCCAUCAUAGGGAUGUUCAUCGACGACGUAGAGACGACAGACUACCUUGCACCCGCAAAAUAAAAACGUUAAUUCGGAUUUUGUUUCCCUGGGGGUCGCCACAACAUAGUGCCUACAUGCGGCAGCGUCUUCAGGAUUUACCGCCAUUCGGUGCUGGUUUUUCGCUGUGUUUUCUACAGUAGUAGGCGAACUCGUUCGCGGUAUUGUUUGCUCUAGCUUACCGUAUUGUUCCUUGUCACUUACCUGCUAUAGCCGCGAAGGGGUUAUUGUGAGGUGUGACAUGCAUGCACACGUGCUGCUGAAGUGAGCAGUUUCUUUCAGUCAUGCUCCAUGGGCAUGGCAGGUAUGAGAGAGACUUGCUCUUCGGGACGUUUUGGGUACGGGUCCGAGCUAUGGGAACGUCGUCCAAAAGCAGCUGAACACAAUGCGCUGUCUAGCCUUCGUAUCACCGCAUUUUCCUGUUAGAGUUUCAUCGUUCCUUGAAUUAAAAGGCCGCGGUGUAGCAUUGAAUUGCUGCAUUCACAUAUUUGGCAUUCCUUCCUCUAUAAGCCACGCAUGUCGACCGAUUUUCUUCGACUCCUUCGUUUAUUUUUCUCGCGACGGGGUUGGAAUGCACGUUUCGUGUGUGCCAGUACUACUGCAGAGGAAAAUGAUGUCGUGAGCGAUCAGGAGUAACUUGAGAAUCUUCAUGGGUUUGGUGUCCGUUCGUACGGUGUUCGCGUCUUGAACCUUGUCGGUGGAACCAUGAACGCCUUUGAGUGCGCAUGUGUACGACUGUGGCAGAAGUGGCUCCCUCGUGGGUGUUCAUUUCAUUUUUGUCGAGGUUCUGUAACGAUUGUUCUGACAAGCGCUCAAGAUGUAGAGAUACAACCUGUUGUCCACUGGCGGAUAUGCAAUAAAAUAUGUAUUGU